AUGCCUGUGGCGGUUGGUGGCGGUUCCCCGGUGCCGUAUUCGCCGCGGCCGUUUGGCGUGGCGUUAGCUGCGCUUGCCUCGCCGGUACACUCGGCGCCAGUUGCCCCUGUUGCGGCAAUGUCUGUCGCGGGUUCUCCUGCUCACGCGUGCUCCACGGUAGUCAACUCUGGACGAGAGUCGGCGGGUGUGGCCGUCCAGCCGCGCGUGGUGGCGCCGGUGCCUGUGCCUACCUUCGUUCUAGCGCCUGUGGCUGACGAGGCGCCUCUCCCUACUCCUGGCGCGGCGCCCUCUCCCGCGCCUCGCGUUCCGGUGUUGCCGUCGCCUGCUGAGACGGCAGCUGUUGCUGGGGUGGCACCUGCGUCUGGCGUGGCGCCUCCUCCUGCGCCUGUGGCACUGCCCGUGGUGUCUCCUGCUGCAUCCCUUGAUGCACCAGUCGAGGGGUCUGCCCCUCCACUCCCCGCGGCUUCCGCGUCUGCCCAUGCCCUUCCUCCGGCAGUCCAGCAGCGUAACUCCCGUCCUCAUUCGCCCUCCCCCCAAGAUGAGCGGGAUGUGUCUCGUCGACGGCGUGAUUCCCCUCGCCGACGGCAGCCGCAGGCAAACUGGCAUGCGCACCAGGGUGGUUGGAGGGGGGGUCGCGGUCGCGGGCGUGGCAGGUGGCUGGACGCGCCAGCAACAAUCGCGGGCGUGCGGCAGAUUGUGACUGAGGCGUUUCGCGACGGUCAGGCCGGCCCGGCGAGUCAGAACAGCUCGCGACGUGCGGCUCCAACGCUGUCCGCUCCCCUUCCGGUCGCUCGCCCUGUGGUUGCUCCGACGCCCGCGGUGUCACUGCCGACUCCCUCGGCUUCUGCUCUGGUGGUGGGGCUGGACUUCCUCGACUACAGCUCCCUUCUCUGGCGGAGGAGCUCCUUCCCUCGCGCGCCGAGUCAUGCAUUGAUAUUGUUGAAGGGGUACUGGCAUGCAAGUGUCGGUGUUGACUGUGUCCUUACCUUUGAUGCUGAGGGUCGUGCUGUUGACUUCGAGGUCUGGGUCGAUGAACUACAGCUCUUCCUACAGUGCGAUAGGGCAUACGGACUCUCCCUGUUCGAUCUCACCUCUGGUGCCUAUCCUGCCCCGCCUGCUGAUGCUGACAGCACUGUUCGCUCACAGUGGGCCACACGCGAUGCUGCUGCCCGUCUUGCUGUGCGUCGCCACUUACCGACCGCUGAGCGUGCGCACUUUAGUCAGUACAAGAGUGCUAAGACCUUGUACGACGCUGUAGUUGCACGCUACUCUUCCCCUGCCACUGCUGCCCUUAGCCGCCUCAUGCUGCCGUACCUGUUUCCUGACCUUGCCGCCUUUCCCGCAGUGGCUGACCUCGUUACGCACCUUCGCACUAGUGACACCCGCUACCGCGCUGCGCUUCCUGCUGAGGACCACUUCCUCUCUGUUUGCCCCACCACACUCACCGUUGACCUCCUCGAGGAGCGCCUCCUGGCAGCUGAGAAGAGUAUAGUCGCUGUAGGAGCAUCUCGAGGUGACCCUCGUGCCCCUGUCUUUGAGGGGUGCUCCCCCUCCCCCCUUUUGCCCUCUGUUGCCUCUACUGCUGCCGUCGACUUCGUUGGCACCGAGUCGGUCGGCGCUGCGUCUGCCCCUAGCGGGCGACGCCGCACCGGCAAGGGCAAGGAGGGCAAGGGCGUUGGAGGGGCUGGCGGGGGCGGUGGAGGUGGCGGUGGAGGAGGCGGAGGGAGUGGGGGUGGUGGUGGGAGUGGUGGCGGGGGUGGGGGCUUCGGUGGCGGCGGUGGCGGCGGAGUUGGCGGCGGCGGUGGCGGUGGGAGCGGAGGUGGAGGCGGUGGCGGCGGUGGCGGAGGUGGCGGCGGAGGAGGUGGAGCUAGUCGGGGUGGCUCUGCGCAGCGGGGCGGCUUCGGUGGUGGUCAGCGCUAG